AUGAGUUCUCCUAUCACUUCAGAUACCGGUAUUACUACGCAUGAUAUGUCUAAGAAAUUCCGUUCCCCCAUAAUACGUGAUGUUAUACGUAAUAUUAUAAAGGAGAAGAUCGAUGACGCUAUGACGACUAAGGACUAUGGUCAACAUGAUAAUAAUAAUUCACAUUAUGAUUCUAAUGGUAACAUUAACUAG